UACGUACGUUUUUUCGCGGGGUUUCGUGAGCAGCAGACGACAUCCGAUCGUAAUCAUUGGAGUAUCAACUCAACAUUAGAUUAGAUCUAGGCUUUGAAAAUCGUGGAAUGGUGCAACCGCAACCCAAUUUAGCUGCAGAUGAUACCCAGAAUGAUGUGAUGACCACCAGACCAACUGGAGAUGAUACCCAGAAUGAUGUGGAGAUCACCGCCGACAGACCAGUGGCAGAUGUUCACCAAGCAGCCGAUGAGUACCAAUGUGGAGACUUUGUAUUGAUCAAUAUAUCAGUCGGCAAACGUGGAAAAAUUCUGGAAUACGUUGGAGAAGUGAAAGAUGUUGUGGGAGAAGAUCUUGUCAUCAAGUACAUGGCCAAGUCGGAGUCUCAUCCGGGGCUAUUUAUAUGGCCAGCACGUGAGGAUGUGUCUCGGGAAUGUAGAAAACAGAUAGUGAAGAAAAUGCCUAACCCUGUCCUUCGGGAAGACAUCAGCAGCACUAGAUUACAAUUUUUCACCUUUGCAGAACUCUCCCCAGAAUCAUGACUUGCUCCAUACAAUUUAUGAAUGUCUUAUUACUCAUAGAUUGGUUAAUAAUGAAUCGAGUCAUUCCAACUUCUUCAGAGAACUUGUGUAAAGUCCAGCACACCCGAUAUCGUCCCAAACCAUCGGUUUUAAAAUCCUUACAAUAUUCUCUGACUCUCGUGUAAGAGGAAAACCUAGAACUGCGUGUAUUGAUGUUAAAAAGGAGACAUGAUUAAAUGGCUGGAUCGUGCUAAUUUAUUGUUCUCACGUUGUACUUCAGUAAGGUUUUAAUCACCUCAAUAGACUUGUGUGUUAUGAAAACAAAUAAAAUUCAUGGAAAAUUGGCACAAAGACACAAUUAUUUACUGAAAAUAUUUAAUGAAUGCUCAAUUGAAUUGAUGCAUUAUAAUAUGCAAAAUAACCCAUUGAGUAUGCAGUGUCAAAUCUUUUUUGAAUUUCAGAUCUGAAUUACAUCAAAAUGAUUGUUAUAAAUACAUGUAUUUGAUUUGAACUUACUUGAAAUGAAUGAUCAUAAUUUUGAGCAAAAAUAGAAUUAAAUAGAGCAUUUAUGAAAAAUGAAGAAAUAUAAAAGGUAAAUAUCAUACACAUUGUAGUUAGCAGAUAAAAGAACUCUAGAAUAAAAGCAUACAAAUCCUGUAUAGACAAUUUGUAAUUAACGACAUGAUGUUUGUGAAAUAUCAAUGAAUAGUGUUUGCCUUUUAUUCUAUAUUGUGUCAACUACUUUCCCAGUCUUGAUGGGAAUUGAUUACAAGCUAAUGCUUACAUGUAGUGAAAUGCAUGCUCAAUUGUUUAACAGUCUGUUAUUAUUGGGCUCUGUGUCCGAGACACAUUUUGGCUACUGACUAUUAAAGACCUAGACUACUUUUAAAUUUGUAUAUAAGGUUUUGUGAAAUUUCAAUUUCAAUGAAAUGAUUAGUGUUUGCCUUUUAUUCUAUAUUGUGCCAACUUCUUUCCAUGUGACUAUAGUUACUAUCUUAUCAUUUUUUAAAUUUGAAUUUGCAAUUCAGGUGUUCAUAAUUGUAUAAAUUUAUAUAAAUGGUUCAUCCAUGGACAAUUUAA